AUGGCCAAACUAAGCCUCUUGUUUGAUCCCUUUUUCAUAUUCUUCUUCUUCCUCUUCAUCUCCCCUUCUCUUUGUUGCCCUCCAUAUCAGAAAGAAGCCCUCCUCCAUUUCAAAUUUCUAUUACUCGGAAACACUUCCUCCAAUUCUAACACGGACCUUUAUGGGUUAGAGACGUGGAACUCCACAUCUGAUGACUGCUGUCAGUGGCGACUACUCCACUGUACUUUGCAAAAGGUGAAUCUUCUUGACUUGUCUGAUCUCAUUCCCUCACAAGACUUGAAACCUGUAGUGACAUCUGAUAUUUUAGCUCCACUCUUUCACUUGCAAACCCUCAUUUCACUCGACAUUUCUUAUAAUAAUAUACAUGGUGAAAUCCCGGGAGUUGGGCUUGCCAAUUUAAGUAACCUUGUAUCACUUGAUAUGCAAGGUAAUAGUUUCAACGGCUCCAUUCCUCCCUCUUUGUUUUCUUUAAGGCAUCUGGAGAAACUCGACAUGAGUUAUAAUUUGAUUGAAGGGACAUUAGGCACCAACUUCGGAAAUCUUUCCAACUUGAAGCGGCUCUACUUGAGUAGUAACUCAAUCCAUGGAGAGAUUCCAACACAGAUUGGAAAUCUCACUAAUUUGCAGUGGCUUUCACUACCCAAUAACAAAAUAUCUGGAGCAAUUCCACCAUCACUUUCACAUUUGAAAAGUUUAGAGGAAUUGAAUUUGGGACAAAAUUUUCUCACCAUGGAGUUACCAACUGAGAUUGGCAACCUCUCCAACAUAAGAUGGCUGCUGUUAUGUGACAACAAUUUGUCUGGAGAGAUCCCUCCAUCAAUUCAUAAGAUGGAACAAUUACAAAUACUUGAUUUAGAAAAUAAUCUGUUCGUUGGUGAGAUCCCAACAUGGUUGUUCGAUUUCAACUACCUCUUAGACUUGGGUCUUGGGGAGAACAAACUUGUUUUGAAAAAUGCGAGAAUAGCACCAAGGUGCAUGUUAAUGCAUCUAUCAUUGAAAUCUUGCAAUCUUUCAGGGCAAAUUCCCAUUUGGAUUUCCAACCAGACCGACCUUACCUUCUUGGACUUGAGUAAUAAUAACCUUGAAGGAACUCUCCCUCAAUGGUUGGCUCAAAGAGAUCUUUCAGGUUUGCUUUUAUCAAAUAACAAGCUUUCAGGUUCUCUGCCACCUCACUUAUUUCAAUCUCAGUCUUUAAAUUUCCUCAUACUUUCAAAUAAUAAUUUGUUGGGAUUAUUACCAGAUACUAUAGGUCAAGCCACUGAAAUGAAAAUGCUCAGGCUGUCAGGGAACAAUUUCUCUGGACCAAUUCCUACAUCCAUCUCAAAUAUGCUUAAACUUGUGUUGCUGGAUUUGUCAAGCAACAGAUUUUCAAGCCAUCAAUUUCCAGUGUUUAAUCCAAAUUCGUCAUUGCUUUAUGUUGAUCUUUCUUCCAACAAACUAUCUGGUCAGGUUCCUACAACUUUUCCUUUGGGCAUAAAAGUGCUUGUGUUAAGCCAAAAUGAGUUUUCUCACGUCUUGCCUCAAAAUCUCUCAAAUUUGAACCAGUUGGAAUAUCUUGAUCUCCAUAGCAACAACAUUGGAGGUGAAAUUCCUAACAGUUUAGGUGGGUUGAAAAAUUUGAAGUCACUGAACUUGUCACAAAACAAACUCUCUGGAAGAAUACCAUUGAGUUUUGGUGGUCUGCAAAGCUUAGAAAGCUUAGAUUUAUCACACAACAAUUUUUUUGGUGAAAUUCCUUGCACAUUGGCAAAUCUCUUUGAGCUGAGUUACUUAGACUUGAGUAACAAUAAACUAGAGGGUCGCAUACCAAGCGGUCCUCAGAUGGAUCGGAUGGACGAACCAAAUUCUUAUGCCAACAACAGUGGAUUGUGUGGAAUGCAAAUUAACAUAUCAUGUGAGAAGGUGCCUUCUGAACCAAAGCUGAAAGAGGAAAAGACCAAGAAAAGCAAUAGUUGGGAGAUAUGGUUCUCAUGGGAAAUGGCAGUGAUUGGAUAUCCUUCUGGGUUUUUGUCAACAGUUUUAGUUAUGUAUGUCAUUGGCUACUUUAAUAUUACACCACAGCCAGGGCUUAUAAGGUCUUCAUGCUAUGUCCUUAGUUGCACUGCUGCUUCCCUAUUUCCUUUGUUACCUCAGAAGAUUGUUACCCUUUUCUUUUUUUGCACAACAAUGGUGGUCUUCAAUGAUAAUGAAUCAACUUGA